AACACAUUAAAAAGCAAGGUUCUAUCUACUUUUCUGUGUUUCUCUCUCUCCUCUCUCUACACAUUUACACAUUCUUCGAAAACACUGACUCGGCUAUCUCCGUCAUUGACUCAAUCACUCUCCGGCAUCAAUAGGGAUCGGUUUGGAGGAUGAAAAGGUGAGGUGUGGAGAUUUCGUGUUGCUGUGAAAUUUGGUUAUUGGCCGGAGUAAUUUUGUAGCGGAAAUUAUUUGAGUAAACUGUGUUGAGAUUGUGGAUAGGGUGGACGGCAAUAUGAAUUAUGGGAGGGGAUCCCCAAUUGCACAAAAGAAUGACAUUGUGCAAAAUGGGGAUUCUUGGUUUUCGUUGACACCGCCUGGGAAACUGAUUCUGCCUAGAUCUGCUCCUGUGCCAGUUGACAUGCCAGGAAAUCAGAGAAUUGGAACCUGGCAAGAUUUGCUCGGAAUGUACAGUGAGAUCUUGAAUCAUGAUGUUGCAAUUCAGACUCCGAAUCCAAGCUCAGUAACGAGCAUCAACAGAAGAGAUUUCGAUCUUUUUGAUGUUGUAACAGCAGCAGACCAACAUCUAAACAGAAAUGCUGAUGCUUAUGUGCAGAACUUCAGCAAUGACAGUGCAGGAAGCUGUAAUAAUAGAGCAGCAGAAGUAAUUGGAAUCAGGACCAAAGAAAAUUAUGUUUUGUCCAGUGGGCAACGUAACAAUGGUCAAAUCUCAAUCAGACAUGUGGAAUCCAAUGCACGUACACAAGUCGCAGGCAACUGGAGAGAGCUUGAGUCUACCAAUUUGAUGCUCGAUAGACAACAUUCCUUGAGAUGUACAGAUUCUAAUGUAUCUACACAAGUAGCAAGCAAUUGGACAGAGCUCGAGGCUACUAGUUUGAUGCUUGAUAGACAACAUUCCAUCUCAGGUUCUAAUCAGAGGCUUAAUACUUUAAGUACACAAAUGGGAAGCAAUACACAAGUGCGAAGCAACUGUAUGCAACACGAGGCUACUAUGUUUGGAAAACAGAAAUACCCCAUGGGUUCGAAUCAAAGGCUUUUAUUGCAGAUGCACAAUAAUGGAUAUCAUGAGGCUUACCAGACCAACUAUAAUCAAAACUCACCACCAAGACCAGGGAUUGCUAAUGCAGAGUUAAGUGUAGCCAGUUCCUUCCCUUUUGCACCUGUAACACCUGAUCAGCGAAAGCAGUUGGAUCACCAAACCCCUUCCACGAGAUUAAACGUCUCAAUAGAUGAAUGCUCAAGUCAAGAAAAAGACAAGCAGUGGCAUGCAGUGUCGUCUUCUAGCGGAGAAAAUGAGAACACUACUAAUGAAUUCUCACAAGUCAUUGUGGAUGCAGCAUCUGCAGCCAUUUCAACCCCACUAAAGGAAGCAAAUAUUCUUAACGAGAUAGAGGAACAUGGGCUGGACCUGAACAAGACACCAGACCAAAAAACGCCAAAAAAGAGAAAGCACAGGCCAAAGGUCGUAAGAGAAGGCAAACCCAAAAAAGUACCAAAGUCCGCUCCUCCAAAAACUGAAGUUUCUAAUGGCACUCCCUCCGGAAAGAGAAAGUAUGUCCGCAAAAAGAAUAUCAAGACCGUAGAAAGUCAGAAGGAUGUUGUAAACGAGGUCAGGUCUUCUGCUUUUGAGCCUAUAUCAAAAUCAUGCAGAAGAGCACUGAAUUUUGAUUUAGAAAGUAGUACCGGAGAUGCAAGUCAGAAGAUGCUAGACAGUCAUCAGGUGGGAAGAUAUCAAGAAAAUAAAAAGCCGUUCAAUUUGAACGUGGAUGCGGAGGACAAAGAAACUUGUACUGUGAUUGACAGUAUGUCUAGAACGUCCAGUUUUCAGAUGGAGCAAUCAAGGCAGCAGAAAGAAUUAAUUGAAAAAAACCAGCAAACUGCUAGCACUUUUGGCCUUUUUCACUCCAAUGGUCAAAUGCCAUCUCAACUCAGACCACUAGCUGAGCAGAGAAAAGACCAUAAUUUUGCAAGGAAUUUGAACAUGAGAAAUGCAGCUCCAGGUCAAAGUGGCUUGAAAAAUGGAUAUAUUCAGGUACCUGAACAAAGUCAGAGAGAGGAAAUCAGCCAGGAUGCCUUUCAGGCAGAUGUUUACAGACAGCCAUCCACCCAACUUGUUAUGACAGACAUGGCCAGCUGGAAUGAAAACAGAGGUUGCAAGAGAUCUCAUUGUUAUACUGUUCAGGAGAUGCAUCCCCACAAUCAGAAUCUGAUGAUUCCUCCAUUUUUGAGCCUGGGAAAUUCUGGUUUGAAAAACAUAAAUGGCAACACCAGCAAUAUUGGCACAGUUACUUCGGGAACCCAGAAGAGGUUGAACACCAGUAAUGGACUUCAUGUUAAUAUAUCUAGCAUGCAAUCCCCAACAAAUUCUUCGCUAUAUAGGCCGGGACAAGUUGAACGGGACCAAGUUAGAAUGUAUGUGAACAGUGGUAGUUCUGAAAUAAAUUGUAGAUCACUGAACUCUGGCUUUGAAAGUGAUAAGAGUUUUAAGAAGCUUGAUGGUUUAGUUAAUGGGACACCGAGGACACCCGUUACAGGGCAACAAAUUUACCAGAAGCAACAGGCUUCAAUACCUCUACAUGCCCCCGGAGCACGAACGACAGAACACGUGUAUCAGUAUAAUGUAUCUACAAGUGACUCCCAGCAAGCAAUUGUAGGCUAUAAUCCCCACAUGUCAACAAGUAAGCAGAUAUUGAAGCCAUCCCCGUUAAAGCAAGGGUCAGGUAGAGCAGAGAAAAUGCUUUUACAGGAGCAUAAUCAGGCGAAGAAAGCCUAUAAGCCAACACCUCAGAAAGCACGAAGCAAACCGCGGAAGCCGAAAAUGUCAAAUUUGAUUGAAGAAAUCACCUUGCGACUUGAAUCUCUUCUUAUCAACAUUAAGAUAAAUGAAGAGGUUGAGCAGGAGCAACAUGCACUUGUUCCAUACAACGGAAGCAGUACAAUUGUUCCAUACGAGCAAUAUGAUAUCAAAAAGCGCAAGCCACGACCUAAAGUGGAUCUUGAUCCAGAAACUGAUAGAAUUUGGAAACUAUUGAUGGGAAUCGAAGGAAGUGAAAGUGCAGAAGCAACAGAUAAGGAUAAAGAAAAAUGGUGGGAAGGGGAAAGGGAAGUGUUCCGUGGGCGAGCAGACUCGUUCAUCGCUCGCAUGCAUCUCGUUCAAGGUGAUAGACGAUUCUCACGGUGGAAAGGAUCUGUGGUUGACUCAGUAAUUGGAGUGUUCCUUACUCAAAAUGUUUCUGACCAUCUUUCAAGCUCUGCGUUCAUGUCUCUAGUAGCAAGAUUUCCCCUUCAGUCAGAUGGUUUUGCAGAAGAACCAGAUAUCCAAGUAUUAGAGUCUGGUGGCAGUAUCAAAUGUCACGAAGAAAUUGAAAAACAGCCCAUUCUCAAUCUUCCUUCCUAUAUACCAUCAGACUACUUUGAUAAUCUGCCGUCAUAUAAGGCCAAUGUAGCAAGUGACUUUAACAGGAAAUCUGAUGCGGAAAUCAACUUGUCACGAAACUACUAUGAGUCUUUCAACUUUCAAGCCUCACGAGAAGAGAUUAUUUCCAAUCCAAGAUCACAUUCAAUGGCAGGAUUUCAAGAAUGUGGCUACAAUUCCGUCGUCAACAGCAGUCCUUUAAAGACAGUGUUGCAGACCGAAGUGACAUCGCAAAAUGGUAUCAAUAAUCAUUCAAACAGUAGCUCGGGGUGCUCUACACAGCGGCAUGAACAAUCGGAAGAUCCGAUAUUGGGGAGACACGGUUAUCUUAAUGGCCCUGCUAUAUAUCCUUGCCAAACAAAUUCUCACAUUCUCCGCGGACCAGCUUUCUCUUCCAGAGAUAUUCAGUUGAACCUGACACCCAAGUCCAUUGCAAAUGAUAGUCGCAAGUUUGGAUUACCAGGAGAUGAAACCCUUCCAUGUUUUCCAACAACACAUACAAUUAACACCAAGACAGAUGGUGCAAACCUUUUGGAAAGAUAUACGAGAGACACGGUAGAAGGUAAAUCACCAGAGCUACAGAUUGGAGGGCCGAGUGUCCAAGCAAAUCGGAGCUCAUUCGGAUUUUCAGGCAUUCAACCUACACAGAUUAGUUCUGUACAACAAGAAGACUGUCCCCACUCCAAUACGCAUGAACUCGGAAACUUCAAGAACUUGCAUUCGGAAUUAACGCCAGCUGCAAACAACACAAUAGAAAUAAAUGGACAGCAAACACAGAAGAUAUCAGAUAAUACAUUUGGAUCUAACACAAAUAUGGAAAACAAUUCAUCUGUCAUUCCAUUAAGUGGGACAUCAACGAAUGUCUCACGUGCAAGGAAGGGAAAGGGUGAGGCAGGAACAAAGAUUAAGAUUGACUGGGAUUACUUGAGAAAGGAUGCUCAGCUUAACGGUAAAAGAGAAAGAAGCAAGGAUACAAUGGAUUCUCUGGACUAUGAAGCAAUGAGGCGUGCAAAUGUUAAUGAGAUAUCUGAUGCUAUCAGGGAACGUGGAAUGAACAACAUGUUGGCAGAGCGAAUCAAGGAUUUCCUUGAUCGUCUGGUCAACGACCAUGGAAGUAUUGACCUGGAAUGGUUGCGAGAUGUUCCUGGGGACAAAGCAAAGGAUUAUCUACUAAGCGUUCGAGGAUUGGGGCUGAAAAGUGUAGAGUGUGUACGCCUGUUAACACUUCAUCAACUUGCUUUUCCAGUUGACACAAAUGUUGGACGGAUAGCUGUAAGACUUGGAUGGGUUCCUUUGCAACCAUUACCCGAGUCACUCCAACUUCAUCUACUAGAAUUGUACCCAAUUCUGGAGUCCAUUCAAAAAUACUUAUGGCCUAGACUUUGCAAGCUGGAUCAACAAACUUUGUAUGAGCUACACUACCAGAUGAUUACAUUUGGAAAGGUAUUCUGUACAAAGAGUAAGCCAAACUGUAAUGCUUGUCCAAUGAGAGGCGAGUGUAGGCAUUUCGCAAGUGCUUUUGCAAGUGCAAGACUUGCCCUCCCGGGGCCUGAAGAGAAAGGUUUAGUCAAUUUUGAUGUUCCAGUUACAACUGAUAGCACUGGUAGGGAUCCUCUAGCAGCAAUCAAACCUGUCCAAUUACUUGAAGGUGUACAAGACCAAAGCAAUGAUGCCGGUUUGCUAACCAAAAAGUAUGAACCUAUUGUCGAGGAACCAUCAACGCCAGAGCAAGAAGUGAUAGAAUUAGUAGAAAGUGAUAUUGAGGAUGCAUUUGGUGAAGAUCCAGACGAGAUACCUACAAUCAAACUCAACCUUGAAGAAUUUACUUUAAAUCUACAGAACUAUAUGCAAGAUAACAUGGAACUUCAAGAUGGUGAUAUGUCGAGAGCUCUUGUUGCUUUGAAUCCAGAAGCUGCUUCAAUCCCAACACCUAAAUUGAAGAAUGUAAGUCGUCUUCGGACAGAGCACCAAGUGUAUGAACUUCCAGAUUCACACCCUCUUUUGGAAGGGUUGGAUCCACGUGAACCUGAUGAUCCAAGUCCGUAUCUUCUAGCUAUAUGGACACCAGGUGAAACAGCAGAUUCAGUUCAACCUCCGGAAAGAAGAUGUGAAACCCAUGAAUCAGGUCAAUUGUGCAAUGAUGACACAUGCUUUUCAUGCAAUAGUACAAGAGAAGCAAAUUCGAAAAUAGUUAGGGGGACACUUCUGAUACCAUGUAGAACAGCAAUGAGAGGGAGCUUUCCGUUAAAUGGGACAUACUUUCAAGUUAAUGAGAUGUUUGCUGAUCAUGAAUCCAGUCUAAAUCCAAUUGCUGUUCCGAGGUCACUGAUAUGGAACUUGACGAGACGAACAGUUUACUUUGGAACCUCGGUAACAUCAAUUUUUAAAGGACUACCUACAGAGGAUAUUCAAUAUUGCUUCUGGAGAGGAUUUGUCUGUGUGAGAGGUUUUGACCAUAAACAAAGGGCGCCUCGGCCUCUUAUGGCCAGAUUGCACUUUCCUGCAAGCAAGUUAGCCAAGGCUAAAAAGUAGAGGAGAUUGCACAAAGGCCUUGCUAAUGGGAAAAACUGCCGAUGAGAGUUGAUCAAUGAUCAUCACUGCUUUUAAUACAGUUUUAUCUUGAGAUUAUGUAACUUAGCCGGCAGGAAGUUGUUUUAGUUUUCUAGCUAGGUACCUAGAAAAAAAGUUUAUGAAUAGUUUGGAUGCAAUCAUGUUAUGAUAGUUUGGGUACAAUCAUGUUGUGAUGGUUUCUGCU